AUGAAUCACGCUUCCCCAACCCUCUUCACUCGCGCCAGCACCGGCUCUCCCCCAAACUAUGAGAUGCUCAAGGAAGAGCACGAGGUGUCUGUGCUGGGGGCGCCGCCCGCGGUUCCGAUGGCGCCCACCGUGAUCAACAUCCGCAGCGAGACCUCGGUGCCCGACCACGUGGUCUGGUCCGUGUUCAACACGGUCUUCAUGAACUACUGCUGCCUGGGCUUCGUCGCAUUCGCCUGCUCCGUGAAGUCUAGGGACAGGAAGAUGGUGGGCGACGUGAUCGGGGCCCAGAACUACGCCUCCACCGCCAAGUGCCUGAACAUCUUCGCCCUGGUCAUCGGCCUCAUUCUGACCGUCAUGUUCAUCAUCCUUUCACCAAUUAGCCGGUAUAGGAAUGAACGAGAGAGAUUUGAAACUGCACCGAUUGGAAGGAAGCUAAGGUUAGGUUCCGGCGCCUCCAAAGGCACCCUUUUUAAAGGCCCCCGGGCUGGGGCGUUGGGCUUUGAACUCCACGAAACGCUCACCUGGCCUGAGCGCGAGCUGCAGCAGAGCCCGGGGGCCCCGCACCGAGCGCACCGGGCCGGGCUGGGAGCCGAACCGCAGGCGCCGCACCUCCAGGAUGCUCAGCGACGUUCCAACAAAUCUCUACGCUCAGCCGCUCGGGGGGCUCCGAGGAGGGCAGCGAGUUCGGGGAUCCGGGCCGGGAGCCGAGUGAGGCCGCGGUGGGAGCGAAAAUCUUGGAAGAUGUAUACAAGUCAUGAAGACAUUGGGUAUGAUUUUGAGGAUGACCCCAAAGACAAGAAGACGCUUAAGCCCCACCCAGACAUCGAUGGCGGCUGGGCGUGGAUGAUGGUCCUCUCCUCCUUCUUUGGAUGGCGAUGA